AUGACGUCCCCUGGUUUAACACCGUCUAACACCUCUCAUUACGGUACUGGCGUCACUCCGGGCGGCAAUGGUUUAAGUCCAAGUGGUGCGGUCGCAGCCAGCCCUCAUCCGGGAGUAAUCCUCUCUCCUGCUAGUGCUAGUGCGUCCCGACUUCCAGACGGUGUCCGUCAUGCGAAACCGAAACGACUAAAGGCCCACACAGUGACUUCAAAGAGCUUCAAUGUUCCGUCUAUCCCGAGGGAUAAGAAGGGGAGGCCAUUGUUGCCGUUGAAUGUGGGUAUCAUGACCGUCAUGAGCCUCGGGGAGGUCUGUAUGAGGGAACACUUCCAUACGGAGAGGUAUAUCUUUCCGGUUGGGUAUGAGGUGACGAGCAGGCGCUACCUAUCUGCCAUCGAUGCGCACUCGGAGACUGUUUACCAUUGUACUAUCCUGGACGGCGGUGACGGUCCGAAAUUUCAGAUCGUGGCCGCUGACCAACCUACGAAACCUAUCGCUGCAGGAACUGCCACAGGCGCAUGGUCCGUCGUCGUUCGUGCAGCGAACCAUAUCAGGAAUCGCCAGCACAGUAAUUCGGUGUCAGGGCCCGAUUUCUUUGGCCUAGGGCAGAACACGAUCAAGCAUCUCAUCCAGGAGUUGCCGAAUGCGGAUCGGUUGAGAGAUUAUGUGUGGCAACAUUUCUGGGAAGGAGGUCCACUUGGAGGGCGUCAUGCUGCCGUCAUUCCUGCACUUCCAGAAGAUUAC